UUUCCGGAGAUGUUCUUAGUAGUGAUGAACAAAUGCCGGAUUAUAUCUUUUAUCGAAACCUUUGGUGGGAUGAAGGAAAACUUAGCGAAAAGGCAAAGUGGGAAGAAGUAACAUUACCCUAUGUGCUUGCUAAGGGAAUCGAUGUUGAGGAAUAUGAAAGACGUACAGAAGAGUUUAAUAUUCGCGGAUCAGUGAGUAAUGCUGAUGUAACUGGUGCCAAAAUUCUUGGUUUUGGUGCUACUAGAACACGUGACAUAAACCGUGGAAAGGAAGCCGAUGCAUCUUUUCGUCCAAAAAAACCAGCUGUAACUGCGCCAAAUGGGAGCGACAGAAAUGAGGAACCUUGGCCAAAUUUGGUCGUGGAAGUAGCCUAUACUGAAACACUAGGUCACGUCGAAGAAGCUGAAUUUAAAUUAUUUUGA